CAUCUGUCCAAAACAUCAAUUAUAUGAGUUUGACAGCUCAUUAUAUUGAUGUUGAUUGGAAGUUGAGGAAAAAGAUCAUAAACUUUUGUCCUAUCCCUAAUCAUGCGGGUGAAACCAUAGGAAAGUUUGUUGAGCAUUGUUUAGUUCAAUGGGGAAUUGAAAGAGUUUUGACAGUGACGGUUGAUAAUGCAAGUUCAAAUGAUGUGGGAAUCAAAUAUUUGCAGAGACAGUUUAAAAAAAGUGGAUCAAGCAUACUUGAUGGGGAUUUCUUGCAUAUGAGGUGUGGGGCUCAUAUUUUGGGUUUGAUUGUUAGAGAUGGUUUGUCUGAGAUACAUGAGUCUAUAUUUAGAAUUCGAGGUGCUGUUCGUUAUGUUAGAUCCUCGACAAGUAGAGCAGACAAGUUCAAGGAAUGUUUAAUUCGCAAAAAGUUGUCCACUAAAUGUGGUGUCUGUUUAGACGUUGAAACUCGGUGGAAUUCUACAUAUCUGAUGUUGGAGUCGGCUAUAAAACUUAGGUCGGGAUUUGAUAUGCUUGCUUCUAUGGAUGAUAAGUAUGUUGCUGAUUUGAGGAAAAAUGGAUUUGGUCCUCCAACGGCUAUUGAUUGGGAUUAUGUAGAAUCCUUAUUACCAAUCCUUGAAUGUUUUUACGAAGCUACUUUGAAGGUGUCUGGUACACGAUAUGUCACGGGGAAUGAGUAUAUGAAGGAAAUUUUUGCUGUAGGAUGGAAGAUUCAACAGGUUAUGGAUUGUGAUGAUCCAUUUAAACGAUCUAUGGCUGAGAGGAUGAAAAAGAAAUUUGACAAAUAUUGGUUGUCAGAUGACAUCAAUGUGAUCAUUUUCAUCGCAACUGUGGUUGAUCCACGAUUCAAGUUGACAUAUGUCAAUUUUAUGAUUAAGGAGAUCUACAACGACGAAGAUAAGGCCAGUGAGAUGAUUGGGAAAGUGAAGUCAGCCUUGGAAAAUCUGUUUGAAUAUUACAAGUCAAAUAGAUUUGUUGAAACUCAAUCGUGAAGUAGUAGCCAAGUGGACUCAGAAGUGACAUCAAGUGGGACUAGUUCUGAAGUGACAAAGCGUACAUCAUAUGCUUAUUUGCUUAAGAUGUUUAGGAAUUAUAGAGACACUGGGCACACCUCCAAAAAGAAUGAGUUAGAAGCCUAUUUGGAGGAUGUUCCCGAGAAUGAAGAGAACAAAGAUUUGGAUAUUCUUUAUUGGUGGAAAAAUACCGGUUCCAAAUAUCCCAUUCUUUCUGAUAUGGCAAGAGAUGUGUUGGCUAUACCGGUAUCAACCGUUGCUUCCGAUUCUGCUUUUAGUACAGGUGGUCGUGUUAUAGAUCCAUACCGUAGCUCUUUAAGUACUCGACUUGUUGAAGCGCUCAUUUGUACACAAGAUUGGAUUCGAAAGGAUUAUACGACACCGGUCACUAUACAAACAAUGUUGGAUGAUCUCUCUACCUUUGAAGAAGAUUUUCCAUCAAAGCCUACAUUUGAGAAAGAAGCGGGUUAUUUAACCGAAUGAUGAGGUAUGUUCCUCAUAUGUGUUCAAGAAUCAUGAUGGAUUUUGGAUAUGUUUUGGACGUUGUGGAACUUGUGAAAUUGAUGUUUUUUUUAUG